AUGGGUUUUUGUAGAUUUGGAAGAACCAAAACAAAAAUUGGCAGACACAGACAGUGUGAAGAGAGUAUAUUUGUUUUGAAUGAUUUGGAAUGGAUCUCUAAAAUUCCAGAAUGUCCAGUGUAUCAUCCAUCAGAGAAGGAGUUCAAGAACCCUCUGAUAUAUCUACAAAAGAUUGCUCCCGAGGCUUCAAAAUUUGGAAUAUGCAAAAUUGUUUCUCCUGUAAUUGCUUCUAUUCCUGCUGAUGUUGUCUUAACGAAAGAAAAUAAGAACUUCAGGUUUGAAACAAAUGUGCAGCCUCUUCGGCUUUCUAAAUGGAAUGAGAAAAAUAUAAUGAACUUUUCAAUGAGUGGAAGAAAAUACACAUAUCAUGAAUUUGAGGCUCUAGCAAAUCAGGCUUUUAUCGGUUCGGCCGAUGUGGAAAAAGAAUUCUGGCAUGAGAUGGUGAACGGAGAGAAGGGAACCGUUGAGUACGGAGUCAAUAUUGAGGGCAGUGCCUUUUCAUGCCAUCCUAAUGACAAGCUUGGAAGAAGCAAAUGGAAUUUGAAGAAUUUUUCAAGACUGCCGCAAUCUACAUUGAGAUUAGUUGGCAAAGAAAUUCCAGGAAUAACUGAUCCUAUGCUUUAUAUUGGGAUGCUGUUCAGCAUGUUUGCAUGGCAUGUAGAAGAUCAUUACUUGUAUAGCAUAAAUUAUCACCAUUCAGGUGCUAACAAAACUUGGUAUGGAGUGCCUGCUCAUGCAGCCUCUCAGUUUGAAAAUGUUGUAUUGCAUCAUGUGUAUAACCAUAAAAUCAUGUCGAAACAUGGCGAAGACGAGGCUUUCCAGCUUCUUGCGCAUAAAACUACAAUGUUCCCUCCAAAUAUAUUGCUACAACAUGGUGUUGCUGUUUACAAGGCUGUGCAGAAGCCAGGGGAGUUUGUCAUCUCCUUUCCUAGAGCAUAUCAUGCUGGAUUUAGUCAUGGUUUUAACUGUGGAGAAGCAGUGAACUUUGCUAUUGGAGACUGGAUUCCAAUGGGGGCUAUAGCUAGCACUCGUUAUGCAUAUCUCAAAAUGCUUCCUAUAAUUCCAUUUGAGGAACUUCUUUGUAAAGAGGCAAUGCAGUUUUAUAAGUCCUCAAAAGUAAGAGGUUCAAUGAGCAAAAAUAUUGAUUUCCAAUCUUAUCUUGCAACUGUUGCGUCUUUCGUGCAGCUUAUGCAAUUUUAUGAGAAGGCCCUUUCGCGACUUAAAGCUUCCAGAGAAUGUUCAAUUUCUUCGAAUACUGUAGGUACCUUGAUUUGUAGCAACUGCCAUAGAGAUUGUUAUGUAGCUUACUUGAUGUGCAAGCACUGCUAUUCUCUUCCCAUUUGUCUUUACCAUGACAUUGCAUUGCAGAGGUGUUCAUGUGGGAGAAAAUAUACUGUUUAUAAAAGGGACAAUUUUCUAGAAUUCGAGGAUGCUGCUAAGAGUUUUGAACAAGAAGAAUGUGUUAAGUUAAAACUUAAAGGGAAGGUGAAUUUUGAAGUAGACAUGUUAUCCCCUGGAAAUGAUUAUGAUUGCAUCCAAGAUUCCCAUAACAAUCCUUGGCAUGAAGAAAAAGGUAGCAUCCAAGCAAUUACUUCCAUGGGUUUGCAUAGUUCCCUUGUGUAA